GUAAUGUUUGGGAGUACAUCAUAUUGUAUCAUGGUGGUAUGAAAGUAUACAAUAUUGGUAUGAAUAUAUCAUAGUGUAAAAUAAUUGUAUACGUGAUAGUAGCAAUAUACUAAUCACAUACUCUCUCUUCUUUCUCUCUCUUCCCAUUCUCUUUGAGCUAGGGUUUCAUCGAUCGCUAUGGCGGCCUCAACAACGACGGUGUUUAGGCCGGCUGGUGAUCUUGUAGUGUUUUUAUAGUUUGGGGAGGUGAUUGUAUUUUACCCCUAAACUAUUCUGUUUUUGGUUUUGUGUGUUGCAACCCUACGACUGUAGUAGGGCAUAUAUAUGUGCUCUUUAUUUUGUUGCUGGACAGGCUUGACGAAAGCAGCAACAGUGAUUAAUAAAGAAAAUCGAAAGCUCCUUAUGGAGGUUUCCGUGGAGUAGUCUCGUUCUUCACAAGAACGGGGAAACCACGUAAACUUGUGUGUCUUUUCUUUUGCGCUUUAGUUUGUUUUUCAUGGUAUCAGAGCUGAACUAAAGAUUCAACAAGUAUUUUUGAACGAUGGUUGAUAAGUCGGAGAAGGAGACGGCUGAUGGUACUAGCGGAGGUUCCACCGAUGGAGGAUCCGGUGAUGGUCACCGCUACAAGGUAUACCCAGUCUCUUCUCCUUUCCAUCAACAUUCUUCUGAUAGCCCUAACCAGAUGUUCGUCGAAGAAGUGUUAACUGACGUGAACUAUGGCGAAUGGGUCGUUGAUAUUACUGAAAUCCUGAUAGCCCAAAAUAAAUUGGGGUUUGUGAAUGGAAUGGUCACAAGGCCUAACGAAGGGGAUGAUCUUGAUGCUUGGAUAAGGUGUAACGCUCUUGUUAAGGGUUGGUUGAAGACGACCAUGAGCAAGGAGAUCAGGACCAGCGUGCGCUAUGCCAGAACUGCUCGGGAAAUAUGGCUCGAUUUACAGCAGAGGUUCAGCCAUGGUUCGGCUCCUAGGGCGUAUGAGCUACGUCGUGCGAUAGGGUUUUUGAGGCAAGAAAAGUUGUCGAUCUUAGGAUUUUAUACGAAGCUUAGGAGUUUAUGGGGAGAGAUGAGCUCGGUCAGUCCUGAUCCUCGAUGUGAAUGUGGAAAGUGCACUUGCAACUUGGAGGUUCGUAUGCAGGAGAAGCAGGAGAAGAAUCAGUUGUUUGAUUUUCUAUUGGGGCUCGAUGAAGCCUAUUCUACGGUACGGUCAAAGGUGUUGAGCACCAACCCUAUUCCCAGCUUAAGUGAGGCCAAUCGUACUGUUUCAUGGAGGAGCAACAACGCCUCAUCACCUCCAGCAGACCAGGCCAAGUUGAGGCCGCCGCAUUCCUUGGAAAGGGGGAGCGUGACGUGAAAACUAGCGCUGGGAAUGAACGGAGUUAGGACGAGGAUGAUCGUCCGAGAUGUAAACACUACAACAAGAUUGGUCACGUGAAAGAAACCUGUUACAAGUUGAUAGGCUAUCCUCCAUGACGCGAUAAAGAUCGCCUGCAGAAGGAUGGGGGAGGCCAUCGCAAGGGCUACAGGGGGCAAUCUCGGGCAGCAGCUGUUGAAGUGGCGGAAAGUCUAGUGCCGGGACCCAAAGCAUCGUAGUACAACCAGCUUAAGCACCUGCUCACUGUUGACCCUGAUGACAAAGUAGACCCCAGAACAUGGCAGGUAAUGUUCUUGCUCUUCAUGAGUGGUUGCUCGAUAGUGGAUGCAAUGAACACAUAGUUGAUGAUGACAUCUUGUUAACUGAAGUUAAGUUUACAAAUAGUAACGGCUCUGUCAAAAUACCGGAUGGAUCCAGUGUUCCCGUUAGAGGCAUUGGUUCGGCAACCUUGUUGAAAGGAAUUGAUCUCCAUAAUGUCUUAUAUGUUCCGGAGUUUAAGUGCAAUUUAUUAUCAGUAAGUCGUUUGACAAAGGAACAUAAUGUUACUGUGAUUUUUCUGGCUGAUGUAAGCAUUAUUCAGGUGUUAGUCUCGAAGAAGCCGAUUGUGGUCGCCCAGCAACAUGAGGGGCUGUAUUUUCUGAGGAGACUCGCAGGUGGAGACACGAGGGUGCACGCAGCGGUUCGGAGACAGGAGAGCUCCAUUCUCUGGCAUGCAAGGCUCGGCCACCCGUCGAGAGGGAAGUUUGAUCAGAUGAAGCACUUGAUUUCUGUUAAGGGUUCACAAGACAUGGUUCUUCCUUGUGAUUCUUGUUUAAAGGCUAAACAGACUAGAUUGCCUUUUCCCUGCAGUUAUAUUAAGACGAAGUGUUGUUUUGAAUUGGUGCAUAUGGAUUGGUGGGGUGGAUAUAAUACUCCUGUGAUGGGUGGUUCACGGUUUUUCUUGACAAUAGUUGACGAUUUCAGUAGAGCUACUUGGGUAUAUCUGCUGAAGUUUAAGUUUGAUGCGGGCCGCUAUAUUCGUGCUUUCUGUGAACAGGAAAAAACUUAUUUUAAGAGU